CUAGAUUGGAUAUGAUAGGAUCCUAGUGGAUCCGGGUUUUGUUCUCAUCCCGUGCUGAGCAGAACAAACGCAACCAAAAACAGAGAAGAGGCCCUGCCCUGAAACGGCGUUGGACGAGUGUUUUCAGGGAUAUAAAUUCUCCUUUCCUCUGCCUCUUCGAUGGUUCUCAAUCUCAAUUUGAGCAGCUUCCGUAUUAGUUUCUUCUCCUUCAGCCAGACAUCCAAAGGGAUCAAGCAAAGAGACUGCCCUUGCUCUGGCUUCCUUCUACAUACUAACUAACCGGAGCUUCUGUUUUCCCCUUCCGAGAACAGACUCUCAUUGUUCCAAUAGGCAAACCACAUCCUGGGGCUUCUGCAUUCCCACUCUUUCUCAGUAGCCUUUUUGAGGUCGGAGUGAUUGGUCUAACAAUGGCUACGAAUAUGGUCUCGCGGGCCUCUUUCAUUCAAUCCAAACCCUCCCUCUCCUUCAAAACCGUGCACAACCAUCAUCUCCCUCAGGCCCUCUGUGCCAACAAAUGUGGCUUUUAUGGCCACCAAGGGAAAUGGGUUGGCCAUCAGAUGUUCGGUGGCGGUCCCUAAAGCUGCUUCAAGUUUUGGGGAUUCCAGAAGGAAGGGGACCAAAAGCCCUGUGGUUGUCAUUGACAAUUAUGACAGUUUCACUUAUAAUCUCUGCCAGUACAUGGGAGAGCUGGGAUGCGAAUUCGAGGUUUACCGGAAUGACGAGUUAACUGUGGAAGAGUUGAAAAGGAAAAAUCCUAGAGGAGUGCUGAUAUCCCCAGGACCAGGAGCCCCCAAGGAUUCUGGAAUAUCUUUGCAGACAGUUUUGGAGCUUGGGCCAAUCGUACCCUUGUUUGGUGUGUGUAUGGGUUUACAGUGCAUUGGCGAGGCCUUUGGUGGGAAGAUUGUGCGUUCUCCUCUUGGGGUUAUGCAUGGGAAAAGUUCACUGGUGUACUAUGACGAGAAAGGCAAAGGCUUAUUUACUGGGUUGCCAAACCCAUUCAAAGCAGGUAGAUAUCACAGCCUAGUUAUUGACAGGGAUACGUUUCCGAUUGAUGAACUUGAGAUCACAGCGUGGACCGAGGAUGGUUUGAUCAUGGCUGCCCGUCACAAAAAGCACAAAUAUCUGCAGGUAAGGUUUUCUUCUUCAAUCACACUAUUAUGCUUGGCCUUCACCCAUAAAAAUGGUGUUCUGUUGGUAGCUUCAAAAUAUUUACCUCUUCUGAUUGCUUGAAAUCAGUUUAGUUUAGGCCCCAUACAGAUUCACUCAGAACAAAAUCUUCUUCUUUUCUCCCCAUAACCUCAAGCCAACAUUUUUGUCUCUUUUGUGGGUGGAAAUGUUGCAGGGUGUGCAGUUUCAUCCGGAGAGCAUUAUAACCGCAGAAGGAAAGAUCAUCGUUCAGAACUUUCUCAAGACGAUAGAAGAGAACGAGGAGUCGAAUCAACGAACUUGUGUUGCAUUGCGAUAGCUAUAUGCUGAAGUGAAGAAAUGUAGUGGGAGGGAGGCACAGAUUAGGGAAAUGGCUGAGUCGUUGGAGAAGCUUUUUGUUGUUCUAGUUGAUAGUGGACACCUAUUUUUCGGUUUAGUUUAGAACUAGUUUUCUGUUUAGAUCAAUGAGACCUAUGUUUAGAUUGGUCUGGUUAGUGUUCAAAGCUAAGCUUUGCUCCAGCAACCAGAAUAAAUCAAAACAUUCUUUCUGAGCCCAGUUGGAAAGAAUUGAUCAUAAUGAUGAUGGUGGAUUGGAUUUUUUGAAACUGAAUUGCUGCGUUCCAGUUCAGAACGAACUGUCAAUGGCAGCUGGUCUGGUGAUGAU